AUAUAUAUACGAUAAUAUAUUUAUUUAGCAGUGGCAGUGAGAGACACUAUGACAACGGGCAUGGCCAUCAAGGUAACGAAGACGACAAUGGUGAAGCCAGCGGCGGCGACGCCUCGGCACGUGCUACGGACCUCGAUCUUGGACCAGAUGGUGCCCAGAUACAUUCACGUUCCGACUGUAUACUUCUACAGACCAGCACCACCACCACCAGUAUCACCAACAGCAAUGGUUGACGACUUCUUUGACUCGGCCAUACUCAAGGAAGCCCUAAGGAAGGUCCUGAUCCCCUUCUACCCCGUGGCCGGUCGCCUAAUGGCUUCCUCCUCUGAAAGCGGCCGUAUUGACAUCAACUGCAAUGGCGAGGGUGCCCUCUUCGUCGAGGCUCAGACCAGCUCCGUGGUCGAUGAUUUUGGUGAUUUUGUUCCAUCGCCCAAGCUCAGGACUUUGGUUCCCACUGUUGACUACAGUGCUGGCUUAUCUUCAUAUCCGCUCCUGCUCGUACAGGUCACUUACUUUAAAUGUGGAGGAGUGUCAAUUGGUGUUGCCAUGGACCACCAUGUUGUAGAUGGUUUCUCUGCCCUUCAUUUUUUCAAUACGUGGUCAGAUAUGGCUCGUGGAAUUGAUAUUAAAACUCCACCAUUUAUAGACAGAACUAUACUUUGUGCACGUAACCCACCUAAACCUGUAUUUGACCACAUCGAAUACAAACUACCCUCUCUCACAAUGAAAACUACUACUACAACUACCAUCACUACCCAAACUUCAACUAAGAGCAUUGAUGUUGCUAUUUAUAAGUUGAGCAAUGAACAACUCAAAACCCUAAAAGCCAAGUGUGGCAACACUAAAAAUGGCACCAAGCUCAGCUAUAGCACUUUCGAGAUAUUGGCAGGUCAUGUUUGGAAAUGUGCAUGCAAAGCAAGGAAACUUGGUCAUGAUCAAGAGACCAAACUCCACAUUGUGGUCGAUGGAAGAUUUAGGUUUCAGCCACCACUUCCACCUGGUUACCUUGGCAAUGUAAUUUUCUCAACUACACCAAUAGUUAAGGUAGAAGAAUUAGUCCAUUCAAAGUUAUGGUACGCUGCAAACCAAAUCCAGAGUACACUAAGGGAAACGGAUGAUUCUUAUUUAAGAUCAGCAAUUGACUACUUAGAACUCCAACCUGAUAUAUCAGUCCUUAGUAGAGGACCACAUACUUUUGGUAGCCCUAAUCUUGGGAUUGUUAGUUGGGUUAGACUACCCUUUUAUGAUGCUGAUUUUGGGUGGGGUAGACCAAUUUUUGUGGGACCUGCUGCAAUUCUCUUUGAUGGUUUAGUUUAUUUGAUGAAUAAUCCAAAUGAUGAUGAUGGGAGCUUGUCAGUGGCAAUUGGUCUCCAACAUGAGCACAUGAAAGAAUUUGAGAAGUUGCUAUAUGACAUGUGAUGAUCAUGAUGAACAUAAUGAGAAGAUCGUGUGUGAGAGAUUCUAAAAUGUUUUUUUUUUCUUUUUUUUUUUAUAAAUUUUUUAAUGUUUGGUGUGUAUGGUUAUUUUGUUAUAAGUUUAUGUAUGUUUUUAAUUAUGUAUUGUUGAAUUUGUAUUUUGAUUUA